AUGGAUUUUGCAACUUCAACUACGUUUCUAUUUUUCCUAUUGUUGCUUCCGUUCUCAGCUGUUGCUCAAACCGACGAUGGAAGGAACGAUGUGGGAUCAUCGCUUACUGCAACCAACGACGGCGGCUCUCCUUGGCUUUCACCGUCGGGGGAUUUUGCAUUUGGUUUUCAUCCGCAUGCCGGCCUUUUCUUGGUUUCCAUCUGGUUUGAUAAGGUACCUAAUAAAACCCUUGUCUGGUAUGCAUUCGAAAACGGUAGCCCUAUUCUUGCACAUGCGGGAUCAAAGAUAGAGCUAACUGCUGAAAACGGGUUGGUGUUACUCAAUCCUAGAGGAGAUCAGUUAUGGAAAUCUGAUAUAGCCACGGAUGAAGCUUCCUAUUGUGUUAUGAAUGAUACCGGAAAUUUCGUGGUACGCAGUCGAAACUCCGACGUGUUGUGGCAGAGCUUCGACCACCCUACUGAUACCUUGCUGCCGACUCAGAUACUGGGAAUCAAUGGGAAGCUGUUUUCUCGACAGAAUGAGAACAACUUUUCACAAGGAAGGUUCCAGCUGAGUUUACAGACUGAUGGGAAUCUUGUGCUCAGCAUGGUAAAUUUGCCUACUAAAUUGGUUUACGAAGGUCCGUUUUAUACUAGUGAUACUAACGAUGCUGCAAAUGAAUCCAACUCCGGUUUUCAAUUGAUAUUCAAUGGAUCAGGCGAUGUGUAUGUGUUGAGAAGGAACCGCCGGACAUCCUAUGUCAGAACAGGGGUGAGGGUGGCACUUCCGACAGCUGAUUUCUAUCAGAGGAUGACUCUCGAUUUCGAUGGCGUUUUCGCGCAAUAUUAUUAUCCGAAGCGAAGCACCAGCGUCGAAAACUGGACUACCGUUUGGUCUAAACCAGAUAAUAUUUGUAAUCGUAUGGGAGAUCGGGGCAGCGGCGCUUGUGGAUUCAACAGCAUCUGCAGACUGAAUGAGAAUGGUAGACCAACUUGUAGAUGUCCACCGGGAUUUUCUUUACUUGAUCCGGAAGAUAAGUAUGGAAGCUGCAAACCUGAGGUCGAGUUAGACUGUCGAGAAGAUGAACGAAUUCCCAUGGAAGAUCUGUACGGUAUCACGGUGAUUUUAAACACCGAUUGGCCAGGAUUAAUAAAUGACUACGAAAAGCUCCAUCCUUACAACGAGCAGGAUUGCGAAACAGCCUGUUUGCGUGACUGCAUGUGUGCUGCUGCCAUUUGGAAAGACGAUAACUGCUGGAAAAAGAAACUGCCGCUCACAAACGGAAGGGUCGACGAUCGCUUUACCGGCAAGGCAUUAAUCAAAAUCACCAAAGGUGAUCGUACUCGCCGCCCAUCCCUUAAUCUUCCAAAUGCUGAUGAAGUCAAGAACAAAGGCACUUUGAUCGCCGUAUCAACACUCUUAGGUACCUCUAUGUUCUUAAACUUCGCCUUGGUUGGAGCAUUUUGCCUUGGGUUUUUCUCCAUUUACAAGAAAAAGUUGUCCAAAGUUCAGGAAAUUGGAUUGGAGCUGAAUAAUUUGCAGGUUUUCACCUACAAACAACUAGCAGAAGCUACAAAUGGUUUCAGGGAAGAGCUUGGAAGAGGAGCCUUUGGCAUUGUUUACAAAGGAAAAAUAGAGAUGCGAACUGUUGCAGUGAAGAAAUUAGAUAGAUUGGUUCGAGAUGAAAAUUUGGACAAAGAAUUCAAAACCGAGAUCAAUAUCAUCGGACAGACACAUCAUAAAAACUUGGUCCGGUUACUAGGAUUUUGCCAAGAGAAAGAACAGCGUUUACUAGUGUACGAGUACCUAAGCAAUGGCACUUUAGCCGAUUAUCUUUUCAAAAACACAAAGCCUAGUUGGAAUCAAAGGACCCAAAUAGCCAAAUCAAUCGCCAGCGGACUCCUAUACCUACAUGAAGAAUGCAGCAAACAGAUCAUCCACUGCGAUAUAAAGCCUCAAAACAUUCUCCUCGACGACAACUACGAUGCUCGGAUAUCCGACUUCGGGUUGUCGAAGCUCUUAAUGAUGAAUCAAACACAAACUAAAACCGACAUCAGAGGGACGAAAGGGUACGUUGCCCCUGAAUGGUUCAGGAACAUGCCGGUAACAGCCAAGGUCGACGUCUAUAGCUUCGGUGUAUUACUACUAGAGAUCAUUUGUUGUCGGAGAAGUGUCGGCGUCGAGGAGAAUGCAGCGGAUUUCGAUGGAGAUAGCAGCGUAUUGACUUACUGGGCUUAUGACUGCUUCCAUGGAGGAACAAUAGAUGCGUUGGUUGGGGACGACAUGGAAGCCAUUAAUGAUAGAACGAGCUUGGAGAGGUUCUUGAUGACUGCGUUAUGGUGCAUUCAAGAGGACCCUUAUCUGAGACCUACCAUGAAGAAGGUGACGCAGAUGCUUGGAGGAGUUGUCCAAGUAACUGUUCCUCCAGACCCAUCUCCAUUUACCACUGCUGCUGAAAGUUCCUCCUUAAAUAUCUCUUGUAUUUAG